CGUGAGUCUCCGCUGUUGACUCUUCGCUUGGUCGGCGUCAUGAGGGCGAUCACAUCCUGUCCCAGCCUACUUAUGGUGCCCCUCCUGCUGUCCUGCUGCUUCUCCCUGGCCCUCCUGCCCCUCGCCACAGCAGCACCGCAACACUACCGCAACCCGCCCUCCUAUUCUUACGCUAGGCUGUUGGUGCAACGUCCUCACAACCUGCAGGAGUCGAUGUACCCCAACGACGACCAGGCACUCAGCGGUGAAGGAGAGGAUGCGCAGUCCUUGCCGGAAGAAGGAUACCUUAACAGCAAGAUCCUACAGCUGCUUCUCCACCGGUACCUCCACUCCUCCCUCCACCCCUCCCUCUCCUCCACAAACACCCCCGACGGUCAGCAUGCCCUUCGUGACCUCCCCUCCUACUCCUCCUCCUCCUCCGGUCACCUCUUCAACGAACACAUUAAAAGAAGUGGACAGGAAGAUCACAACUACAGGGCUAACCUUGGAGGAGGAGUAAGUAUGGGGCUUCUACUGUCAGGCUAACUACUUACAUCUCCUCCUCCUCCUCCUCCUCCUUUUUUUUCUUUUCUAAUUAUAGUCUCUUCCUUGUAGUGUCUUCUCCUCACUGUCAACUAACUCAUCUUUCUCUUUUACUUCUUUUUUAUCUUUAUUCUUUGUCUAUUCAUUUCCUUUCUCUUCCUCUUCUUUUUUUUUUUCUUCUUCUAAAUCUCGUAUCAUUAUUAUAUAUAUCCUCACCACCACCACCAUCACUACCUUCACCUCUUCUAUCACACCCCUGUUAUCACUAUCAUCUAUCUUUUAUCUUCACUUUCACUUGGCAACCCUCCCUCCUAGCACAAUCAGAGGCCUAGACACCGUGCCCCAGUUUCAUUAUAUAAUCUUCAUUGUCACUGUUAAAUGUUGGUGACUACUAUUGGU